CGCGGGGCCCGGAGGAGCCAGGUUGCGUCCGUGGGCUCGGGUUUCUCCAACGUGGAAACGGCUGUGGUGCCUGGGGUGUUACUAAGGGGGCCUGGUGUCUGCAGGCCCUGCCCCAGGCCCUUGAUGUGCAAGAUCCUUAAUCAUCUUAUUUUGGAUCGAAGGAGGCGAUCAGAAAACCGAGGCUCAGUUCUGUGAAAUCCAGCUGAAAUCCAGUUAGGCUUUUUGGCUCUUGGGUAUGAAAGCCAGGUUACCGCCUUCUGGCAUCUUUCAUACCUGUUGGAAGGAUAAUAAGCUAGCAAAUUGGAGUUUAUGGCUCAAAAUCGUAAUGCGAAAGUUUGCCGUGGACUGUUUGUGAUUGAAAUCAAAGUUUUUCAUCAUUUAAUUAUUUACUUUAUGGGGUUCCUUUAUAAAACAAGUUUGUUUUACAUUUUUAUUUUUUAAAGAAAAGUGCCGAGGGGCUGGGGAUUUAGCUCAGUAGCAUAAGGGCCUGCCUUGCAAGCGCUGUCAUGAGUUCGAUCACCCGUACCAAAAAAAAGAAAAAAGGCCCAUAGUUUGUUUGUUUGUUUGUUUGUUUUUUAAGUAGUAGCAUGUCAGGCAUUAUGAAUUUGCACUUCAUUCAUAAAGUAGCGCCUUCAUUUCUUCCUAUAGCCCACAGGAAGCAUUAAUGUUGUAGCGUGGGGAAGAGCAUGCUCCUUUAAGAGUUUUUCAGCUUGGUGAUUUUCAGAUUCUAGUGUUUGAAAUUCUUCCAAUGAUGUUUAUUGCAGAACAAUGACAAAUAUAAGAUUGUAACAUGCUGGGAUGAUAUAACUACAAAUUCAGUUUGUCCACCAGAGAUUCCUGCCUCUGUGAGGUAACCUGGUGAUUACAUAAGAGUCCAGUUUGAGGGAGUUCCUGUAGUUUUAAUUUUUCAUUUAUGUCUGUGCAUCUGUGUUUAUGGACUACCUAAUAACCAAGUUAGAAAUAUGCACCAUAAUGUGGGGUUUUAUGAUGCUUGGAGUAGGAGACCUGUGAUAGUCGUUGGGGAGAGAGAGAUUUGAAGAAUGAUAGCUGUCACUGUCUGCAAUAGACAUGGAUGUUUCUAAAUUUACUGAAUUAAUAGCUGCAGAGCUGAAGUCUAAGAGUUGAAGUGACUGGGAGUUGGGGACUGGAACUGAUCUUUCCAGUGGCUUACUGGCAACUGUUUCUCUAUUGCAUCACAUAACAUAGUAUUUCACAGUACUUUAUAAUUUUAUUUGCUCAUAAAACCACUUUUUAAAAUAGUAGACCUAUAUUUUCCCAGCUUUAGUGUUGCAUAGAGGAAUCUAAGUUAACUGACUAGCAUGAAAUCAAAAGAUGUAUCUGUGGAGAAGCCCCAGGCCAUAGGUCAUAAGUUUGAAUCAUUUAACUCCUUUUUUUUUCUUUUAAAACUAUGUAGCUGGACAAGAUGGCACAUGCCUAUAAUCCCAUCAUGUCAGAGGUUGAGGCAGGAUUUCCGUGAGUUCUAAGCCAGCCUUGGCUACAUAGCAAGACCCUGUCUCAAAACAACAACUUUAUAUGCCAUGUAAUUUAAUAUUUGACAAGUAUAACUUAGAAAACUACAUGCCAAGGCAUAGAUAAGUCAAAUAAGUGCAUUCAUGAAAAAUAAUUUUCUUGUCUGUACCCCUAAAAUUUAAGGGGACUUUGGAAAGUUCAAAGGAUAGGCUCAGUCCCUAAAAAUGAAGGAUGUGGACUGUGUAUAGUCCCAGUACAAUGUUGCAGUAAGGUAACUGAUCAUGUAUAAGAAAUUUUUAAGUGGAUUGCAAAUACUCCCUAUAAGUAAUCAAAACAGCAUCCUAAUUGUUAAUAACUUUCUGUGAUUUAAGACUUCUUUGCCAGGUCUCUGGAGAGACUGGUCUAUUUCAUUCUCAGUCCUCCACAAAAGAUAAACUCAUUUCUAUAAAGCAUUGAUUAAUGAAAGUAAAUGCCUGUCUGAUUUGUGAUGUUGUAAAACAACAGUCAACAAUUAUAAUUCAUUGCUUGUGAAGCUACUAAAAAAUCAGUUAUCCCCAAAUGGAGAAAUACAAGCAAGUUACUUGAAAGUAAUCUCUUGUAGCAGUAGUUGUUAUUAAUGCACGUUUCUAUUGCAGCUUUAGCCUAAGCCAAAAUUUUACUUUCAAAAACAAAACAAAACAAAACAAAACAAAGCCUGAAACCAUGGGCAGGCAUGAUAAUACAUGCCUGUAAUCCCAGCUCUUGGGAGGCUGAGGCAGAAGGAUCGCUGUAAAUUCAAGGCUAUCCUGCACUACAUAUCAAGACUCUUUCUCAAAAAAAUCCCCUCUACAAGAAAAAACAAAAACAUGGAACUAUGACUGGAGGUAGUAUUAUGAAACUUUUUUAAAAUCCUGCUUUGGUUUUUUGUUUGAGACAGGGUCUUUGUAAUUUAGGCUGGCCUUAACUACUCUACGUAGUCCAAGUUGGCCUCAGAGUAGCAGCAAUCCUCCUGCCUUAGUCUCCCAAUGCUAGGAUUACAGAUAGUAAAUUUUAGCAACAUCACUUCAACAUCCUUUCCUAUAAAAUGAGAGUAAUAAAAAUUAUCUCAUAAAUAGGUCACUGUAAAGAAUAUGACAUCUAAUGCCUGUUCAUAAAUGUUAGCUUGUUGUAUUCAGAAUCUUUACCUACCUAAUCACAACUACUCGUUGGAGAACCUUGCUAGACAAACAGCGCAAAUAAUGCAUUCCUUCCCCCACCCCCACCCAUACUGAAGAUCCAACCUAGAGCUUUUGCACUAUCAAGUAGAAGAGUUGAGGUUCCAACUCAGGUAGUACAGCUCCAGAAGUAAUGUCCUUUUCUAGCACUCUUGUACAGCCUCCACUUCUCAUAGUUUUUAAGUAGCAUACUUAGGCUUGUAUCUUUCCAAAUCUAGGGUACUUCAUAUGCAGAGAGAGAAUGCAGUAGGUCAUUUAAACAGAAUCCUAUUGAAGUGGAGACUACACUAGGCUGUCCAGCAUGCUAAAUUUGAGAAGAGAUCAUUAACAGAAGAGGACAUUGUUAAAUGCCCUGCAGGACAGAUCACAGAAUCUGACUAGAGUUCCAGCUUAGGUAAGGCACAGAGCUGGACUGGCUUGGAAUCUGUACAGUGGAGAGGGUUCCACUUUCCAGAGGUUUGGGUCUAGAAUAGGGAGAAAUACUAUUCCCCAAGUCCCUUGAGUUUUCUCACCUGAAGAUUCCUCAUUGUAUCAUCUUUGUCACAGUUGUCAAUAAGUAUUUCUGAUCUCAAAGGAAAAGCUAUGUUUUACUUAUCUUAUACUUCCCAAGUGGAACACAUACUAGGCCCUUAGUAAUUGUAAAUUGAAUGCAUAAAUCAGUCAACACACACAAACAUACUUGAAUCUCAAAGGGAUUUGAAAUUUACUUUUGUAUCACAGUGAACUAAAUUUUGUUUUUUUUGUUGUUUGUUUGUUUUGUUUUUUUUAGACAGAAGCUAAUAUAAUUCAGGCUAGCCUUCAAUUCACUAUUAGCCCAAGUUGGUCUUGAACUUGAUGGCAAUGCUCUUGUCUUGGCCUCCUGAGUGCUGGGAUUACAGGUGGGAGCUAGCAUACCUUGAUAAAACUGCAAAUAAUAUGCCUUUUAAAAACUGAAUUUAUAGCUGCACAUAGUGGUACACACCUGGAAUUCCAGUUACUCUAGAAACUGAAAGUUCUAGGCCAGCCUCAGCUAUUUCAAUGAAGCCCUGUUUCAAAAGAAAAUACAAAGGGUUGGGCUUGUAAUUCAGUGUUCCCUGGGUUCAGUCCCCAGUGUUGGCCAAAAGAUAGCAGUCAUAAUAAUUUAAUUUGUGGCUUAAUGAUAACUAUCCAUCCAUACUUGUUAAAAUGUUUACUAGUACAUUAUAUCUAACAAUUAUGAAGCUACAGUAGACUUCAGUGGCUCUAAGUAGAUGCCAUGUUCCCCCCAGUUAACAUUUGUUAGCAGCAGCAAAAUGUGUUACUCUACCUUUUAGUCAUGCCUGGAGGUAACUCAUAAAUAGAAGUUGGAAAUAAAUUUAAUCUGAAGUUCUGAAGAUAGUUUCAGUCUCUUGGGGCAUGCAAUUGAACAAGAAGCACAUUAAUAAGAGACAAGGUACAAUUUUAGUUCGUAUUUACAGGCAAGGAAUACACAGAAGUGGUUUGAUUUGGAGGUUUAACCUACCUUAUAAUAAACGGUUUGAGUUUCAAGAAAUGUUACAUUGAGGGAAGUAUCUGUGAAAUGAACGGGGUUAAAUGGAAAGUAAGAUCUACUGUAGUAAUUUCUGCUUAUGCAGCAUCAUCUUGUUGUCAAUUCCCUGGCUUUGUAGAGGACCACCUGUCUGAUGUGAAGUGAUGAGACUAACUUCUCUCCUCCUUUGUUGAAGUGAUUUGAAGACUCACCUGGUGCACUGGAAGGCUGGGCCAUCAUGACCCACCUGCUGGCCUCCGAAGUACAGCAACUUCUCCACAAUAAGUUUGUGGUCAUCCUGGGGGACUCCGUGCAGAGGGCCGUGUACAAGGACCUAGUGCUCUUACUGCAGAAAGACUGUCUGCUCACUCCCAGCCAGCUCAAGGCCAAGGGGGAGAUGAGCUUUGAACAGGACACACUGAUGACUGGAGGCCAGAAGGACUCCAUGCACAAUGGCACUCACUACCGCGAGGUGCGCCAGUUCUGCUCAGACCACCAUCUUGUACGUUUCUACUUCCUCACUCGUGUGUACUCCAAGUACCUGGAGACCGUUCUAAAGGAGCUGCAGGCUGGCGAACACACCCCUGAUGUGGUCGUCAUGAACUCCUGCCUCUGGGACAUCUCCAGGUAUGGCCGAAACUCCUGGAAGAAGUACCUGCAAAAUCUGGAGACCCUGUUUGAGCAUCUGCACCAGGUGCUGCCUGAAUCUUGCCUCCUGGUGUGGAACACAGCCAUGCCUGUGGGCAACAAAAUCACUGCGAGCUUUCUCCCUCAUAAAUGCUGGCCCUGGGAAGUCCCCUUGAAGCGCUAUGUCAUUGAAGCCAACUUUUACAGCUCUACUAAGGCUGUCAGCCAUGGCUUCGAUGUGUUAGACUUGCAUUUCCACUUCCGUCGUGCCAUGGGGGGCCUGCAGAUGGAUGGGGUGCACUGGAAUGAGCACACCCACCGUCAACUCUCCUGCCUACUCUUGGCCCAUGUGGCUGAUGCCUGGGGUGUGGAGCUGCCCCUGAAGGCCCCACUGGGCAUGCUAAGCCAAGGUGGCCCUGUCGAGGAACACCCUGGCCCAGGCAUCAAGAGGAGGCGCCUUUCUUAUUACCAAGAUGGAGCAGCCUCACCUCUGCUCCCAUCUUGGCCCCGGCCUCUACUUGCAACCCCACCCUUAACCUUGUCCCCACUCCUUCCCCUUCCCCAGCCGCCUCCACUCAUGCUCCAAUCAUCUCCUCCUAUUCCUGCUUAUCAGAGGACACCCCCACUCCCACUCCAUCCCCAAGAUCCCUAUUUUUCCUCAGACCAUGUUUUCCAAUCAGAUCAAUUCUCUUUCCAUUCAGACAUUCCCUCAUCUACACAGCCAGGAUUUACCUUCGAAAUGGACUUUAUGUUUGAUCCUCAGCCACCUAUGUCUGGCUUCCCCUCACCCUCUUACCAGCAGCGAGUCCCCGUGGUGUACAAAGGUUUCCCCAGGUAUCAAGUUGAGGGCCCAUACGUGCCCUGGAGAGGACAACACCCCUAUACACCCCAGAGAGGGCGACCCAGGCAAUCAAACAGACGGGGCCGAGUACAGGCCGCUGUAAACUGAACUCUGCUUUUUCCUCACGGGUACCACUGUGAGGUCUGUCUGGCUCUUUCCCUUGGCAUGACCUGUGGGGCCUGUGCCCCACCAACUUAAGCCCUUAAAGGCCAGAAACCCUUAGAGUCCAUACAUGUUUGCUCAUUGCUGUUUCCAAUAAAGACCAUAAGGGGAGCCUGACCCAUCCUUAUUGCCUAUUUUCUCUACCCUCAGAGGUGACCAAGCAUUAUUCCUGCUUCCCCAUUCUCUAUUUACUUUGCUUUUUUUAUAAAUACAAAAUUGAAAUACAGAAAUUGUUUCACAAAA